CCAAGAAAUUUUUCUGGCCAAAAGAUAAAAGAAUUUUUCAUUCUUCAUUGCAUUUCCUCUCUACAAACUCAUAAAGGAAAACAGAGUCGUGUGACUUCUCUCCGAUCGUUGCGUUCGUCGGAUUCUGGUGUUUCAAGUACCGGUACAGCCAGAAAAGGUACGUCCGUUCUAUCCUGGGAGGAAUAGUUCCAAUAACCUUGGGUACCGUAGAG